GCACUUCAUAGUUCGCAGUCGAAGUAGAACUCGCCGUGAUGUAACUUGUGAUAAGAGCGUGUGUUGAACUGGUGCCUGUGCGGGAGUCGAAGUGGAUGGUAUUUUUCAGGUUCCUUCUGGAGAUAAUGUGACUUUUCUUGCUGGCUAUAAUUAAAAGGUAGAUUAAUAUGAUAAAUAGAUUUUUAUGAGAAUUGUACAUCUUUUAUAAGAGAACAGUAGUGACGAUUUGGAGUGCAAGAAUAACAGAAAUUAACUUUUUGUAAUAGUAUGUAAUUGUCAAGGUGACAGUGCAAAUAUUUCGAAUUAAUACGCUUUUAAGACAGUGUCCAUGUAACAUGUGGUUAAACGCUCUUCCGUCAACCACCUUCGAAACACGAGAGGGAUAUCCUACCAUGGAUGAAUAUCUAUUAUCAUACCUUAAAACGAUUAAAGGUGUAAGGCGCACGUACCGGCAUGAGCGCUCCUGGCUGCGGCACCGUCAUCAGCUUCUGCAGGUCGCGCACUGACAUUUCGUGGAAGACGCGCCUUGUGUCGCGCCGCUGCUCCGCCGUCGUCAUAAUCUGCACAAGAGGUUCCAACGGUAAAAUCAGUGAGAAUUGUCUGCGGGAACCAAGCAGGUCCAUCGACUCUGAGCCCUAUUUGUCUGUUGAUGAUGAAGCAGAAAAUACACUUGCGUGCUGGUUAGAGGAUCUUUUAGAACUUCAUUUUACGAAUUAA